UAAACUGUCAAUAACAGACGAUACUAGAAUAGUCGAUUUUAAAGUUCCGAGCUUUUCGAUACCAGUUUUGGCACAGUGAAGAAGCAGUUUGGCACCAGUCUAGUCAUCGCGAUCAGCGCGCAAGUACCGCGGCUUUUGAACGGAAUAAAUUUGAUUCAUCUUCUGAUGUCUUAAUCCAAACCAUGACGGCACUCGUGAGCAGGAGACAGUUGCCUAGCGACGCCCAGGCAUCAGCCUACUUCCCAACAAAGCCAGGUCAAAGGUCGAAGAGAUCGUCGGAAGGGCAGCCGAGGUCGGACGUGGUUCCCCUCAACUUUCCCGCAACCAAAGACAUCUUAUGGGACAGAACGCGAAAGGGAGACCCAACCGUCUUGCACCUUACGAAAUACAGGAACAUCAGUCUGCACGUUUUGGAGAAGUCUGUGCAGCUUGCUCACCGCCAUGCACUGCAGUCUGACGGUCGUCCUUACAGAUGCUUCCUUAUUGGCUCGGUCAUAUCUGACAAAGAUGAGGAAGGAGUGACCAUCACCGUUGACCGCUUCGAUCCCGGCCGGGAUGUUCCGGGCCGGUCCGGCCGGAUGCCGACCGCUAGACUACCAGGCGACCAUGUGAUCCCCCUCACCAUGUCUGUCAACGAAGAAGCGACAGCCACUACUCACAGCACUGACGACUUCACGGCUGCCUUUAAGCUUGUUGAGCACAACUGCAGCAGCCGCGACGCUCUAGACGUUGGCGGCAUCCUCUCAUUCCGCAUCCACUGCUGUUGCUAUGACAGCGCCGACGACGUGACCUUCAACCUCCACGUCGGUGCCGUCACCAUGGGUACCGUCCUGGAGGCCACGCCCAUUAACCCCCUGCCUAUCAUACCCACCGCCUUGGCCAGAAACCUAACGGGGCCCCUCAACCUGAGCGAGAUCCAAGGCGCUCCCAAAGGCGGGUAUAUCACCAUGGAUCAGACACGCAAGCUUCUACUGCUUUUGGAGUCAGACCCCAAAGCUUACACCUUACCAUUGAUUGGAAUAUGGCUGAGUGGUCUAAGUAACAUCUGUAGCCCCUACGUGUGGACAAGUUGUCUGCGAUACAUGUUCAACAGCAGUAUCAAUGAACGGGUUUGUUCUGGCGACCAAGGAUUCCUUCUCGUCAUGUUCUCACCAACAAGCCGCCAGCCAACAUUCUACGAAUGCCGCAGCCUCAAUGGCGACAAGCCCAGCUUUGAGUUGGUCGGGUGCCGAGAAAAUAUUCACUUCUACAAGCACAUGGACCAAACCUCACGGACCCCGGUCCACUUAGAGUUGACUCCAGCCAGGGACGGCCCCAACAAAGCGGCCUUCAUGGAAGCUGCGAGGCAGUUCACUCCUAAGUGUAGCCAAGCCAAACAGAGUAAGCCAUGCCCUAAGCCGGCACCCCUACCCCGCCCUACUACCAUUGCAACCGCAGAUGAAGAUGUACAUAUGCCCAGACCAAGUCCUAAGCCUCUAAUUGAUAAGAGCCCAACUGUGAAGCCUAGUGUGCCAGAGCUGUCUUUGAUCUUUGACAGCUUUAUAGAGGACCAACAAGAGUCGGAUCAGCCUCCCCACCCCCUAGCCUCGACAGAUCACCCCGCCCCCUUCGGAGAGGUUAACUCGAAUCCAGACAUACCAGAUGAUCGUAGAAGGCACAGGCCCCAACAGCGGGGUCCUGUCCAAAAUGCACAAGAAAACCAUCCUUUUGGAAUGGGUCAAAAUGGUCGAGGGGGUUUCGUCGGAAGAGGGAUGAAAGCAGGUCAUGUGGACACACCGACUGGAAGACCAGGCCCUCUGAAACCCGUCAACACCAACCUGGCUCAUGGUGGAGAUAAAUCCAGACGGUCCAUUCCCAACAAUUCACAAGGCAACACCAAGCAGUCACAGUCUGGCAUGAAGCCAAAAAGAACCCCCUCCCCAGCUCAGAAUGGAAGAAUCCAACAGCCAUUGGUUAAAACUAGGGCGCCCGUGCAAGCACAGGUGCAACAGACCAGUCGGACUCCUCGGAGCGAUUCCACCCCACGUCAGAAGCCUCCAAGACCCACGUCCAGAAGAAGCGAGGUCAUGCAGCAGACGCUGCCCUUGACGGUCGGGGGUCAUCAGAGUAGUCCAUCGCAUGAACAGGGGUGCGCAGCUCCAAGAAGGAUGUCCUAUCCAAUGCCAGCGUCUUCAUCUCGGACAAGCCAGCAUGGCGCUGGUGGUCAGAUCCCCCAUCCCCGCCCAGGACAAAGUAACCAAGCUGCGCAUCCCACAGCUCAGAGAAGGUCCGACCUGCAACAUCCACCACCUCAACAGGCUUGGGGACCUUCUCAAGACCAAAGCCCGGGACCUCUGCAUCACCAAGUAGUAUUUCAUGAUGCCAAUCGUUCAAAUAACCCUUCAGGUAACAGACAUCCUCUCAGAGAUUCCAAAGCAUCUCCGAUCCUUGCAACUAGCUCCGGGAACACUGCCUCCCAUCCCGUUCCUCGUACUCAAAAGGCUUCUUCAAGUACAUCAGGCAGCUCUGCAAACAGCAGAGGCUCUCCUGGAAGUCCAAAUGCCACACCAAACUGUGUAGCAAACGCCUCAAACAGUGCUUCCUACGUGGGACACAACACCCAGGGAGCUUUCUCAAUGCAACAUCCUCAUCAAGUUACCUCUCCGCAUAGCCUGAGUCACACCGGUUCUCCGCCGACCUUAACUGGUUUCCCUCAGGCACCUCAUGGGGUCCGGGAGGCGAGCGGCUUCCAUUCAAAUCAGGUUCAGUCCUCACCAGCCAACUUAACUGGUCCCCAUCCCUCCAGCUUAAAUGGUUCCCUACCCCACGAGAUACCACACAGACAGCCUCACUCUCCAUGCCACGCUGAGGAGUGCACUGGCAGAAAAGGUGUUCCAUCUGAGCCACUCCCGCCCUCUGGAACAACACCAGAAGUACCACAGCAGCCGUUGGUAAGCAAUGGCCAGCAUCAAGAUCAGUCCAGAGGGGGGAGGGGCAGCGACAGUAAUGACACUAUGGCGCAACUGAGGCGGCAAGAGCAGUUGAUUCAACAGCUUCAGGCACAGAUCCAGAUGCUUAUGCAGGCCCAGACCGCACAGUCCAACCCACCAAUCCCAAGUGGGUUGGUAACACCCCCAGCCACGCCCACUUCUGAGGAAACCAACCGUCUUCAUCUAUCCACACCUGUGUCUCGCCCCUUGCACAGUCCCCAUCACAAUCAGGCCCCUCCUGUGUCGUCGGGCACCGGGCAGCAGGUGGUCACACCCAUAUCCCAAUCCAGCGUUGCCCCCACCACGCACUCAGUCUCGACUGGCACUGGUGGCGACACGCCCCCUCCCAAGACCACAUGCAGCAUGGCCGUCAUGACCGGCAAGAGCCUGCUGUGGCCGGAUGGAACCGGUCCCCCCGUCAAGACCAGCGUGUCGGCAUCGACAAGCAUGACACCUCGCUCGAGCCCCGAUAGAGGCUCCAAGUCCGCCAGCAACGGCCACGCGACCCUUGACACUGAGGCGACCCUUGACCCUGAGAGUGACCCUGAAAUGACCCUGCCCAUGCAGCAGACAAGAGAUGACACACAAAGCACGGUGUUUGACGUCAGUGCCGUGGAUCUCCGUAGCUUCACUGAAGACGGUUCUCCAAGACAGACCUCAUCCCCAAAUAGAAGCCCCAAGUGGACAUCGGGCAGAGAGGGUAACACACCCCAGACCACACACCCUGGAACAACCCAGGGGACGUACCCCAUGGACAGCCUCCACAGUCCCGUGCUGGGGGAGAGCGCAAGCACCUGUGCCCCACCUGGGAGGGGCUGGGGGCACCCCAGGGGUAAUGACACAGAGGAUGGUAGCGAUAGUGAUGAUGGUGGAAGCUCUGAAGACGGCCGAACCGAGAGCGAGAGGGAGACAUCAGAAUCAGAUGAGGAACGUCCAACUAGAUCAGCAGACCCUCCUGUCAGUUUGCUGUACAGGGACGAGAGGAGAUUCUACCAGAACCUCUUGGGAAGAGUUGAACAGAUGCUGACCGAGCAGGCUCAGGGUGGGGAAGAUGGUAACCAUGGUAACGCCAUGACAACCCAGGAGGAGCUCAGACAGAUGGGCUUGCCGACAGCAGUAGACCACUCAGUCAUGUACAGGUCCAUGUGUAUGGUCAACUCCGACUUCUUCCCCCGCAUCAACUACGUGUCGCUGAUGGACGUGCACCUAGACUCCCCCAACCUGAGCUACGAGGCCAAUGCCAUCGCCAUGAAGUACCUGACCGAGGACGAGCUGACCCAGCUGUCGGCCGGGUUCAAAGGUCAGCAGACUCCCCAGCCUAAGGUCAACCCCUUGCUACGCACGGCCCUGACUGGGCUGGGCGACAUCGGCACGGGGGCUGGCCCCUCUGCGGUGGACCUCUCCAUGGCCAGCCGCAAGUACAUGGAGAAGUACGGGCUUCUAGAUAUGCCAGUCAGGAAACCAGACCGGGCCCGAGCUCUGGGCUUCGACGAGACUCCUGCCCAGAGGAUUGUUGCCAAAAACACGCCUGCAGAAGGCAGAGCUGUGCGAAAUAUGAAAGACGUCGCAAAGAAACACCGGAAAACGCAAAAACCAAAGACGACCGGUCUGUCGAAUGUGCCUGUUGUAUCAGAAGAGGUGACCGAUCAAGCCCAAACUUUGCCAAGGGCUUCUGAUGAUCGUAACAAACGUAAAGUCAGAGCAUCUCCCAAGCAGCACCUGACUAAAGGAAGUGAUGCAAGGCCCGGCGAGAAGCUAUCAACUGAAAACAGUCCUCGCCAGGAGCCUCCCCGUAGCGGCCCGAUCAGUACCUCUCCUCCUAGACCUCCUGGACAAAACAACGAAGAGACACGGACCCCUGAAGGCCAGAACAACCAAGGCAUUGAGAAACCUAAGACCGGGGAGGUUAAGGGCAAGACAUCAAGUAGAAACACGGAGCAGAAGGCUGGAAGCAAUAUCCUAGACAUUGAGAGGCUGAAGCAACUACCCAAGCUGUUUUAGACUAUGACUGUGCAGCAAAGGCAGGCAGUUGUAUGCUUGCGUGAUUGCUGAGAAAAAAACGAUGGCACCCUUAUUUCGAUUGGGGAAAAAUGGUCUAUUACUAGAAUUGUCAUUGUAAGUAAUAUAAAUAUUUAAAAAUAUGUAACGUUAAAUUUGUUCAAUGUUUUCCAAGCGUGGUUCUAGACUCAAAAUAUUGUACUAAAAAGUAUCGUAUUUUGGGGGAAUAAUAGGACAUUUCUUGAAUUUUUUUUUCAUGAAAAUAGUGCUUAAUUUGAAGAACAUUUAAAAAGGGUAUAUUUUGGCAAAGUUUUGGGAUAAUUUUCCUAGGCCUCCUAAGAACCAUGCCUUUGUUGUUGUUUUGAAUUUUUGUUGAGUUUUUAAUGUGUGAAAGUUGUUCAUCGUUUUUAUAUAUUUGAGUGAACAUUUGACGAAAAUGUACAUGGCUUACUACUCAAGUAUGGGAGUUUGUCUAAGUACGAUUGAAUUUUGUUUGUCUUUAUUGUACAGUGAAUCGUAUGCUUAAACAUUAGAUUGAUUUUACAUUUGUAAAUAAUAGAUUUAGUUAUAUUUGGUAUUUUAUGAGAGUGAUUAAAUAUUAUAUGUAUCUCAAG